CAUCUCAGGAGCUUUUAUUUUGAAGUGUGGAGUCCUGCAGCUGUUGUUAAACCUCUGUUGACAGUGGGACGAGUGGGACUACAGCACUGAAUGCUGCAAGUCACAGGAUGGACUCCAGUGGGAAACCCUCGACUGUGCAGAUCGUGGUGUUAGCCACCAGCUCAGCGCUGACUGCACUCUUCUAUUCUUUUUACAAGAGCCGCGCUACAACGGUUGCCAGAUUAAAGGAAGCCAAGAAAGUCUCCAUUGACCAGGAUUUGAAAAACCUCCUGUCUGAGACUCCUGGAAGAUGUGUCCCGUAUGCCGUCAUAGAAGGUGUAGUAAGAUCUGUGAAGGAAACUCUAAACAGCCAGUUUGUUGAUAACUGCAAAGGCGUGAUUGAAAGACUGACCUUAAAGGAGGAAAAGAUGGUGUGGAACCGCACCACUCAUCUGUGGAACAACACAGAGAAAGUCAUCCACCAGCGCACCAACACAGUUCCAUUUUCUCUCGGGUCUCACGACGACGAUAUCGCCACCGCAGUUCGGGUCAUACGUCCGCUAGACGCGGCCGAGCUGGACCUGGAGACCACAUACGAGAACUUCCACCCCACUGUCCAGUCCUUGUCCAACGUCAUUGGCCACUUCAUCAGCGGGGAGCGACCCAAGGGCAUCCAUGAAGCGGAGGAGAUGCUGCGGCUGGGAGACAGCGUCACGGGUGUCGGAGAGCUGGUCCUGGACAACAACCUGAUCAAGCUCCAACCUCCCAAACAGGGCUUUCGUUAUUUCCUCACGCGACUGGACUACGAGGCUCUUCUCAAGAAGCAGGGGAACAGCGUCAGACUGUGGAGGAUUCUGGCCGUUGUCUUUGGCGUCGCUGCUUGUUCCACACUCCUCUUCAUCCUGUGGAAGCAAUACUUCCACCACAGAGAGAGCAAGAAGGAGAGGAGCAUGCUCGAGGAGUUCAAGGAGCAGCAGAAGAAACGCAUGCGUGAACUCAACGUAGAGGAGAGCAGCGUGUCGCCCACCAGCUGCACCGUCUGCCUGAGCCGCGAGCGGUCCUGUGUGUUUCUUGAGUGUGGUCACGUGUGUGCCUGUACCCAAUGCUUCGCCGUCCUGCCAGAGCCAAAGAAAUGCCCCAUCUGCAGGGCGACGAUAGACCGGGUGGUGCCUCUUUACAACAGCUAAUGUGGUAAUACACAUAAGAUGUCUGCCUUUUCAUUUUACAGUCAUAACACAGGAAAUAUGUCUUUGACAAAGGUAUUAAUGGUGCAUUUUGUUGCCUUUUUUUAAAAUACCAAUAGAUUAAUGUUAGGCGAGUGCACACGCACACAGUUAAGCCCUUCAGAAUACACUUUAAAGGCGUAUUUAAGUGGUGGUCUACAGUUCUUAUUCUUUUGCCUUCUAAGAGUCACGCUACUGGCUGGAAUUAAGUUCAGGAAAGUCAUUUUUGCUCCUGCUUGAAUUUUUUUGUUUUGUUUUUCGCAACAAAGGUAGAAAAAGGCCAAGCUUGGCCCACUACGUUGUCGUCGAGGCACCGUCUCAUUUUCACUUUUUACAUUUUGUAUUGGAAGCGCAUACAGUCUAUUCAUUCUACCUGAACAUUCUUUUAAUAAUGGGAUUUUGCUUUGGUGAGUUAAUAAAGGUUGUGUUUUGUGAGCCAGAGGAAAAGGUUGUGGUUCACACACACAAAAACAAUUCUCUGCAAGACUCUGAAGCAUGAGGUCGGGUACAAGCUUCUCUCAGGUUGUUUGGGAGAAAGGGAACAGGCUGACCCUGUCCCGUUUUCUUUUUUUCUUUUGCUGCUAUAAAGGCACAUGCUGCAUGUGCUCAUGUUCUACAAGCAUUGAGCUCAGAGCACUGACUGUACUGACAUCACAUGUAAGAGUUGUUAAAGGGUCCUGCACAGGGGCGCCCUCUGAACCAUCACAGACUCUGAUUGUUGGACUUUUCUCUGUGUCUGUGUGCAACAGAAAUCUUAUUAAAGAAAAAUGCAACGUAGACCAAAUACUCAGUGUCACUCAAUCAUUGUGUAAAAUAUAGACACAAGGAGAAAGGAGUUUGGAGGAAAUGUAGAUUUCUGCCAGGAGAGGGGGAUGUCUGGCUGUGAGGAAAACAAGCCAUUGAAGAUUUGGAAUCCAGAGAACACGAAUAAACACGAAAUGUUGAAGCCACAUGCUCCCCCAAUGCAAGCAGCUCUUCUCACCUCCUGCUGUUUUUUUUUUUUUUAUUUAUUAUUAUUUGACCUCAUUUCAAACUGGCUGUACAUUGAAAUAUGAGGAACAGAUAUAUUUUAAAAGCCAUUUAUCCAAAGGCAAUCUUUAUGUAUAGCUUUGUGACAUAAAAAUCAACAACUCAAUGGUUGAAGUUUCACUGUGAUCCAGCCACAUUUAAAAAAUCUUUAUUCUGUUUUUUUAAAUUAUUGAAGCACAUUUUUAGCCAGACAAUUGAAAAGCAGAAGUGGAGCCAGCUUAGAGGCUGGAGAAUAAGCUAAAGCUUGAGUAAAUGUUAGGCCAGCAGGGGCUCCCUCUCUGGCUCUAUAAAGCCAUAUUAAAGCAGUUUGCACAGAAGAAUCCCCGUUUACUUUCAACUGAUUCUUUAUUAUUUCAUAAAAAUCCAUUUUAUCAUUCCACGUCAUCCCGUGAGUGUUUUAUUGUACAUUGCAU